UCGGUGUCCGGCGCGCGGCCCGGCGGAGGAGCGCCGCGCCGAGCCCUGCCCUCCCGCCGUUGUUCGCCGCCGUCAUGGCCGCGCCGGUGUCGGGCCCCUUGCGCAGGGAGCUGGCGGAGGCCGUGGCCCAGGCGCGGCUUUUGGUGGUGGGAGCCGGCGGUAUCGGCUGCGAGCUCCUCAAGGACCUGGUGCUCACCGGCUUCAGCAACAUCGACGUGAUUGAUUUGGAUACUAUUGAUGUCAGCAAUCUCAACAGGCAGUUUUUAUUUCAAAAGAAACAUGUUGGAAGAUCAAAAUCACAGGUUGCCAAGGAAAGCGUGUUACGGUUUUAUCCAGAAGCUAAUAUUAUAGCUUACCAUGAUAGCAUCAUGAACCCUGACUAUAACGUAGAGUUCUUCCGCCAGUUUACGUUGGUUAUGAAUGCUCUGGAUAACAGAGCUGCCCGUAACCAUGUGAACAGGAUGUGUCUGGCUGCUGAUGUUCCUCUUAUAGAGAGCGGAACUGCAGGCUACCUUGGACAAGUAACAGUUAUUAAAAAGGGAGUGACAGAAUGUUAUGAAUGUCAUCCUAAACCAACUCAGAAGACUUUCCCUGGCUGCACAAUCCGGAAUACGCCAUCAGAACCUAUCCAUUGCAUUGUGUGGGCUAAGUAUUUGUUCAACCAGUUGUUUGGAGAAGAAGAUGCUGAUCAAGAAGUCUCUCCUGACAGAGCUGAUCCUGAAGCUGCCUGGGAGCCAGCAGAAGCAGAAGCCAGAGCACGAGCAUCCAAUGAAGAUGGUGACAUUAAACGUGUUUCAACUAAAGAGUGGGCUAAAUCAACAGGAUAUGAUCCAGUUAAACUUUUUACGAAGCUUUUCAAAGAUGACAUUAGAUACCUGCUUACAAUGGAUAAGCUGUGGAGGAAAAGAAAGCCUCCAGUGCCACUGGACUGGGCUGAGGUACAAAAUCAAGAGAAAAAUGUAUCUGACCAACAAAAUGAAUCCUCCACAGUCCUGAAGGAUCAGCAGGUUCUGGAUGUCAAGAGCUAUGCACACUUAUUUUCAAAGAGUGUUGAGACCCUGAGACUUCACCUGGCUGAGAAGGGUGAUGGAGCAGAGCUUAUAUGGGAUAAGGAUGACCCUUCUGCAAUGGAUUUUGUCACUUCUGCUGCGAACCUCAGGAUGCAUGUUUUCAGUAUGAAUAUGAAGAGCAGAUUUGACAUCAAGUCAAUGGCAGGAAAUAUUAUCCCGGCUAUAGCUACUACCAAUGCAAUAAUAGCUGGUCUGAUAGUGCUGGAGGGUUUGAAGAUUUUAUCAGGAAAAAUAGAUCAAUGUAGAACGAUUUUUCUGAACAAGCAGCCAAAUCCCAGAAAGAAGCUAUUGGUUCCUUGUGCUUUGGAUCCACCAAAUCCUAACUGUUAUGUAUGUGCAAGUAAGCCUGAAGUGACUGUGAAACUUAAUGUACACAAAGUUACUGUGUUAACACUCCAGGAUAAGAUCGUGAAAGAAAAAUUUGCUAUGGUGGCACCAGAUGUACAAAUAGAUGAUGGAAAAGGGACUAUUCUUAUCUCUUCAGAAGAAGGAGAAACAGAAGCAAAUAACCACAGGAAAUUAUCAGACUUUGGAAUUCGAAACGGCACUCGGCUACAAGCAGAUGAUUUCCUCCAGGACUAUACACUGCUAAUCAACGUGCUUCAUAGUGAAGACCUAGAAAAAGAUGUAGAAUUUGAAGUUGUUGGUGAUACCCCUGAAAAAGUUGGCCCUAAACCAUCAGAACCAACAUCCAAGAACAUUACCAAUGGUAGUGAUGAUGGAGCACAACCCUCAACAUCAACAGCUCCAGAUCAAGAUGAUCUAUUGAUUAUUGAUUCGGACGGCGAAGGUACUUCAAGCAACGUUGAUGAUGAUAAGGAAAACAAAAGCCUCAAGAGAAAACUAGAAGACAAAGAGAGUGUUGCUACAAAGAGAGUGCGUACUGAGCAGACAGAAGAGGAUGAUGAAAUUAUAGCAUUAGACUGAACAUGCAAAUGCCCCUUGACAAAAUGAUUUGGUUAAUGUAAUACAGUUACAGUAUACUGUGUCAGGAUGUGAAAAAUGUCCAGAACUAGACUAAUUUUAGGGCCUUUGUUCAAGUGAAUACCAAACCACUGGCUUAAAUAAUUUGUGUCUGUUUUUCUUGAUGAUAAAGCUCUCAUCUCAAUAGCCUCUUUCAAAAGUUUUUCCAUAUUAAUUCCAUAUAUUAAGUGUAGUAGAAACAUAGUUUAUAAAUCUUACAGAUAAGUAUUUGCUUAAACAGUCAUGGAAAAAAGCAUGUUAUUUUUGUGUAAAUACCUUUUAGGUAUAAUUCAAUAGUAAAAAAAAAAAAAAUACUCUUCUUUAGAAAAGGGUCAUAGGCUGAUGCCUAGAUUUUAAGUAACUACAAUUUUAUUUUUUGCUUGAAGAAAAAUAUUGUUAGCCUAAUCCUACACAUUUUUCACACCCUGAAUAAGUAAAGAAGAAAGUUCAAUAAAGCAAAUUAGUGCCAUGUUUUAACAGUGUUCUUCAUCUGGCACUAUGUACAUUACUGUAAAACUGUUAAUUUACUCAAGUUUUUCAGCUCGUACUGCCUGGUAUGUCAAUGUAAGAAGCAAAUUUUUGUGUAUUGUUACAGUUUCAGGUUAUUUAUAUUUGAUGUUUUGUAAACUCAGAUACUACUACUAUACUGUACAUCUGAUGGACCAAAUAAAUGACAUCUGAAAUACUUGCUAUAUUUGCUUGCACAGUCCAAGUUUAUGCUGACUUAUGGGAUUUUACUAUGUAUAGCCUUCAAAAAUUCCUGUAUUAUUUUCAUUUUUCUAAGCAUAACCUAGUAGUACAGAACUUAAGCUUCACUUGUUUGAGGUGAAAGGGGAAUUUUUUUAAUAAAACUUUUGUGAAUGUU